UUUAAUCGCAGAUAGGAUUGUUUCCUGAAAAAAAAACUUUCUAUGAAAUUGCAGUUCAUAUAGGUAGGCUAAGAAUGUAUACCUUGUUCUUUACUUAAAAUGUUACUGUGCAAUACAGUAUUGUAAUAAAAAAAAAUACAUACAGUAUAUAGUUUAUACAGUACGGUACUGUAAAUUUCCCUGUUUUGCUAAAUUAUCACCAUUCUUUAAGACGCCUGCGUAGGCAAGGCCAUCUCCGACUUACGAUAUUUUCGACUUACGAUGGGGUCGUCGUAACGCAUCUCCAUCGUAAGUUGGGGACUACCUGUAUAUAUCGUUUUGUAAGCCGGGUGAGAACGUUGGGGACCGGGAUAGAGGCUCAUUUUGCAAGCGUACACCUCGGCUCACCCAAAAUGGGAAAAACGGAUGAAACGCAGCAAAUGACGGAAAUAGCAAUGGGAACAAAAACAACUUGUCGCGAGAAAACGAAAAUCCUGCACGAACAAAGUUUUGCAAAAACGCAUUUGCAAUCGUAAUGGGAAACUAACGUGGUAAUCGUCACUAUGAAAGUUAAUAUCGUAUCGUAAACAAAAAUGACUGUCGCGGCAACUUGCAGGCGGAGCCUCACGGAAUUGCGAGAUUAUUUUUCAGGAGGGUCCUGCCAUGGUAAGACCCAUUGAGCUCAUAAUAGCUCUUCUUUAGAAGCGACCUGGCCCACACAUUAUAGCUCAACAAAAUGGCUUAUGUGUUUCGCAGUAGGGGGGAGCGAUUUUUCCAGUUUGUAAACCCAAACGUGUGAUUUUGCAGCUAUGGAAUGUUUGUUCGAUGUUUGUUGAACUUCUUUCGCACCCUACGUAGGCAACCUUGCUUAUCGGAGGUGCAGGGGAAGGGCAACAAACUUAAACGCAAUACCAGUUACAUUUUUUUGUGUGACCCUCCAUUGCCUUUCACCCCUGGGAAACCUACUGAUAAUAAGUUGAAUAAUAAUAACAUUUACUUACCCAGGAAGGCCUUGCCGAGUCCCAAGACUGUUUGCCAGGAGGACCCUUGCCCUAGGAUGUUUGGCCCGAUUCCUUUAAACGAGUGUUUAGUGUCUUGAGAGAGGAGUCCGGUAACACCCGGAGAAACCCCACCGCGUAUCCGAGGGGACAUUACUUCUCGGCCCGACGCAAACAAAUUGAUGAACCCAUUUGCUGUACUGCAAUGUACUUACCACCUCGUGGCCCAGCAGGUUUGGGAGUGCCGCGAAUCUCUGCUAUCCAAGCGUUUUCUUCACGGUGUGCUGGAUUACUGGCAUAUGCCAGCCGAAGAUAUGCCACCCGGCGAUGUGUCUGUGGUUGCAGAGGCCGGAGCUGUGCGGGAGACGAGCAGGACCAGGCAGGUUGCGUGCGGCUCACAAGCGCGACUGGCUGACGCUGCUCGCAGGGCUGGACUCGCACGGACUGGAGCGUGCACGGCCGGCAGUGACCGAUGCCUCCCAUGAUUGAUCUUCCCCGCCAUCGCGAAACACAAGGCUCGGCAUUGGCCGAAACGUACGGGAGACGCGCCUCGUUCACCGAUGCGCAUCUACGCACGCUGAAGGACCUUCAAGCGGCAGCUGCAAGGAGCAAGGCCGUCAAUGGCUCGAGGAAGUCACGACCUCCGGACCCCGCUGGGCAGUCCAGCGAUGGCGCCCGUGACGCUGAAGAUUCCACGCCGCCAGCCGCCACCGCCGCCGCAAAACCCGGCCAGGAGCCGUCGCUCGCCGCCCUUUCUCGCUCGCCAUCCCCGACGGCGCCCCCGCCUCCCAACGGCCUGCCGCACGAGAACAACUCUCAGGACGAUUCCUCUCAGGACGAUUCCACUCAGGGCAAGGAGGUGGUGGUGGAGAACGGGCAGCCCGCAGAGCCGGAACAGAAUUGCCAUGGCGUGAAGCGGCACAUAAACGGUUCGUGCCCGCAGGCGAUACCGCCGAGCAAAAAGCCACGGUUGGAGGACGUGGAGCUGGACCUGCUGAGGUUGGCCGACAGCCUCGCGUUGGCGGCGGAAGGCGGCGAGGCCGCCGCGGUGAACGGCGGAACGGGCGAGUACCCGCCCAGCCCGGAUGAGAGUGCCAAGCGGGCGCCCAGCCCCAUCGUCACGAACCCCCUGCUCUUCCUGUCGGAAGCAGCCUCGGCCCAGCAGGGAUACUGCAAAGCCACCGCGUGCUCGGAGAGGAAGCCCGAAAACUGCGACUGCAAAGGCCCGGACUGCCCCGAUUUAACGACGGCCGCCGAGAGCGGGAACGACUGCGAGCGGUCUCCCGAGGCUGGCGGCAGCUGCUCCACUCCAGAGCCGAGCGGAGCCGCGCCGGGCCCCUCAGCCCAGGCUUCGCUCGGCAACGGCGGCGUCGGAAACUCCGCGGCGGCGUCUGGCGGCAGCGUGUCGGCGGAGAGGUGCAGCUCUCCCGCCUUGGCGCUCGCCGGCAGCAAAAACAAAAAAGGGCCAAACGCUCACCUCUCCGGUUUCUUUCAGAGCUUCCUCGACUUUGCCCUGCAGCAGCAGAUGAGCCCCGAGCAGGCGACGGCGGUGAAGGCGCUCGCCGAGUUGUCCAACGGCACGGGAGCCCAGUUGGCCGGCGCCGCGACCAAGCAGUCGGCAGGCAAGGGCCGAGCGGGCAAGGCGGCGAAGGCGGCGAAGGCGGCGGCAGCGGCAGCGGCGUCUCCUUCGCAAGCGAGCAACGGCGUUGGCACGUCCAGGCAGACGUUGGCGGAGUUGUGGCCCGGGCCUCUGCAGCAGAAUCAAGAGGCGGCAGCGGCGGAAAAGCACAAGCAGCAUCUGCAGGCCCAGGCUUCUGCACAGUACUCGCAGAAAUCGGCGCAGCACGGUGCGGCUGCGCAAAAUCACCAGCAGCAGCAGUCCCAAGCGCUGGCGCCCAUGCACGGGCAGCCGCCGCAGGGGCAGUCGCUCCUACAACAGAAAAUUCUAAACGAUGCGCACAUCGCACCCCUCCUGGUGCAACCGAAUCACAGCUUGAUGAACCAUCAGCAAGAGCUGCACUCGCAACUUCACAGCCAACAUCUUGCUCAAGAGCAGCAGCUUUCACAGCACCAGCAGCAGGCGCAGCAGAAUCAGCAGACGAGACAUGAGCAGCAUCAGCAGUUCUUGCAGAGCCAUGAGCUGGCACAGCAGUAUUCGCAUCAUCAACACAAUCAACUGCUUCUGCAGCAGCAGCAGUUGCUUCAGGAUGCCCAAUCACAGCAGUGCAAGUGGCAGCAGAGCGCCCACAGCCAGGCCUCCGACGGAGCCGCCGCUGUUGCCAAAGAAGACGACGCCCCCGUGCCCCGUAAUGACCUGCACCAGCCGGCGGUCGCUUCCUAUCACGGGCAGCCGCUGUCGAUGGGAGCGGAGGGAGACUCGGAGCAGAGCGGCCGCCCCUUCUCAGAGCUGUCCGAAGAGGUGCUGCGAGGCGAUGCCUCGAAACAAAGGUGCUCGGAGCAAGCGACCACCAGCAACCAGAGCAGCGCCCGCUCCGUCAUUAUGAAUCACGUGGCGUCCGUGUGCUUCGACGCCGACAAAGGUAAAAGCCAUCGUACGUUUAUGGGACUCGACGCCGAACGAUCAGGGACUCUCCAAGGUGCUAUUACAACCCGACGCAGCUCGAGCGACCCAGCGGAGGAGCACGGCAUCCUGCAGUCGCAUCUGCAGCCUCAGGGGGGACAGCACGUGAUGCACGCCCGCCCGCAGCACGGUGAGCGCGACGCGAAGAACUCGGCGGCGGCGCAGGCGGCGAGCGAGCGCUACGGGCAGCACGGGCAGCACUGCGAAGGUUCGCAGGAUCCCCGGGGCAGCCUGUCCCUGCUUGCGCACGCUUCCGACACACAGGCCGCCAGGCAAUACUAUGGCAGCAAGAAGCAGAUGCAUUUCCAACAGCCAAUGCCGCAGCAGAUGCAGCCGUACAAACACUCGGAGGUGGAACAGAAGGCGCUGGAGAGGCUUCUGCAGCAGCACAUGCAGGGCGGGGAGGAAGGGCUGUUCCAGAAAGUGCUCGGGAGCGAGCAGCAUCGUCUGCAACAGAUGCAGUCGAAGGAGCACCCCGCGCAGGGACACAGGGACAAGGCAGCACUCAAGGGGCAACAUAGUUCAAGUUACAAAAGCGGCCUGUCUCGCAGCAACAGCAUUGGUUUUCAGCAAACAUCUGGGCCGGGAGAGCAGCAGGAUAAACGGGGCUCGUCCAUGAAAACAUCCCAGCCGGACAACGGAGUGAUUUGCUUCUCCAGUCGAGGUGCGAGUGGCCACGACUUGGGGCACAGAGUUAUUCGCAGUGGUUCGCCGAUGUCGAGCCGAAAAGAGCAGCAGUCCUCCAUGCACGAACCGAACAACGACGACCUGAAGGAGAUCAUCCGGCAGCUCGAGAUAAAGAUCGCCGAGGACCCCGAGUCGUCGGACCAUUUGUCGCAGCGGCAGCAGCACCAGCAGCAGCAACGGAUGGACGUCUCCCACCCACAGUCGUCUCGCCCAGGCUCUGUUCGCGCAUCCGCCGAUCUCCCGGCUAACCAGACGCCAAUGCCGCACAACAUGCGUUUGAAAACCGAACCCACGCCAGCCGAAAUGUGCCACCGAGCGAGCAACGAUUUGGGGACGCACAGUUCGACGCGCGCUUCCUUUUCGUCCCCGUCGUCAUCUUCGCUGCCGCCGUCGUCGUCCGUGCCGUCAUCCUCGACCGUGAAAGCCCACCUGGCGGCCUACCUGCAGAGGCAGAGCCUCCAGGUGAAGGUGGAGAGCACGGGGCCCAUCACGGUGCUGUCCACCCUGGCCGCGUCCGUGGGGAUGGACGGGGAGGAGGACAAGGGGGCCACGCUGUCGGGAAACUCGACUCCGGCCAAGCAGCCGCCAUCCAUCCUCAGCAGCUUCUUGGAGUCCCCGCUCAAGUACCUGGACACGCCGACCAAAAAUAUCCUGGACACGCCCACCAAGAAGGGCCAGGUGGACUUUCCUCCGUGCAGCUGCGUGGAUCAAAUCGUCGAGAAGGACGAAGGGCCCUACUACACGCACCUGGGAGCCGGCCCAACGGUGGCAGCCGUACGCCACCUCAUGGAGACUAGGUUCGGUGAGAAGGGCAAAGCCGUGCGGAUAGAGAAGGUGGUGUACACUGGGAAGGAAGGCAAAAGCUCCCAGGGCUGCCCCAUCGCCAAGUGGGUCCUGCGGCGUGCCAGCGAGGAGGAGAAGCUGCUGUGCAUCGUGCGCGAGCGCGCCGGGCACCGGUGCGAGAACGCCGUCAUCGUCAUGGCCAUCAUGGCGUGGGAGGGCGUGAACCGGGGGCUCGCCGACCUCCUCUACAACGAGCUCACCUCGACGCUCAACAACUACGGCGUGCCCACCUGCCGGCGGUGCAGCCUCAACGAAGACCGAACCUGCGCCUGCCAGGGCCUGGACACCGAGACUUGCGGAGCCUCCUUCUCGUUCGGCUGCUCCUGGAGCAUGUACUACAAUGGCUGCAAGUUUGCGCGCAGCAAGUACCCGCGCAAGUUCAAGCUUAACGGAGAUGACAGUUCCAAGGAGGAGGAGAAGCUGGAGUCUUACCUGCAGGAGCUGGCAACCCGUGUGGGACCGGUGUACAAGCAGCUGGCCCCAGACGCUUACACUAACCAGGUGGAGCACGAGGUAUCCGCCCCCGACUGCCGCCUCGGCUUGCAGGAUGGGCGGCCCUUCUCGGGCGUCACGGCCUGCGUCGACUUCUGCGCCCACGCUCACCGCGACCAGCACAACAUGCCCAACGGCAGCACCGUGGUCUGCACGCUGACCAAAGAGGACAACCGGGUGAUCGGCGUGGUGCCGGAGGACGAGCAGCUGCACGUGCUGCCGCUCUACAAGCUGGCGGAGCUGGACGAGCACGGCGACCCCCACAGCCUGGACGAGCGCAUUCGCACUGGAGCCAUACAGGUGCUGAGAUCGUUCCCGCGCGAGGUCCGCAUGCUCGCCGAGCCCGUCAAGUCCGGUCGCAGAAAGAAAGCGGAGGCGAAGCGAGCCGCCGCAGAGAAGCAGCAAGCGGCGGCCGCAGCUGCGGCGGCCGCAGCAGCGGCGGCCGCGGCGGCGACGACGGCGACGACGGCAUCGCCGGUCCAGCCGCACGGCCUUCCCGGUGCGGCGGGGGGAGACGCGAGGGCGGAAAGGUCGCAGGCCACGCCGGGAAGAGGCUCCAAGCAUGGCGGCGGCAUGGCCGACGCGCAGUCCUUCACGUCGCCGCAGCACCACUCCCAGAUCCAGCAGCAGCUGCAGUUGGCCGCCCUCUCUGGCAACGGUCCUCAGCAGCUGGCGGCGGUGACGCCUCCCCUGUACCACGCGGCGGUGGACCCCUUGGGGCAGUACGCCGCGCUGCGCUAUGGCGCGCACACGCCGGUGCCCAGCCCGCACUCGGCGCUGGCCUCUCCGCACUACCAAGGCACGCCGGCCACACCGCCCUACCCGCACGCGGGGCUCUACCCGUCGCCGCAGCCGGACCCGGCCCUGCCUCCGUACCACCCCUCGUACCACCACGCCCACCACCAAGCGCAGCUCAUGGGGGCGCGGCCCACCCUGCCGCCCAUCCACACGCUCAUGCACCAGCACUACCCCUAUCCCGCGGCAGCGUCCGCGCCGUCCCCGGGCUACCACGGGUACCAGGGCGCCGCUUUCUACGGCGCCGCCCCGUUCGCCGUCUCGCCCCACUACGCCGAGGAUCCGACCAGGGCGGCGAUGGGCGGCUACGACCUGGGCGACGAGAGGGCGCAGGCCUACCUGGCGGCCGCGGCAGCCGCGGCGUACCACCCGUCGGUGUCCCCGUGGGCUGGGCAGCUGGCGUCGUCUCCGCAUUCCCACCACUCGCACCACCCGCACCACGCGCCCGGCGGCGGCUACCACCUGCAGCAGCCGCAGGGCGCGACGACGGAGCUGCCGCCGCCGCCGCCGCCCCCCCACGUGGCGUCCUCGCCGCUCAAGGUCGGCAGGGACGAGGCCGCACCGACGAAGAGGGUCAACGGGGUCAUCAAGGGAUUGGGCGUCGCCGAGGGCUGCCACCAGAAAAUGGGCGACGGCGCGCACGCAGCGCAGGGUGCCGCCUCCCAGAUGGGCGCCGCUCACCAGGACGACCAGGAGGAGGUGUGGUCGGACAGCGAGCAUAAUUUUUUGGAUCGGGAAAUUGGCGGCGUGGCCAUCGCUCCCGCGCACGGCUCGGUGCUCAUCGAGUGCGCCAAACGCGAGCUGCACGCCACAACGCCGCUCAGGAAGCCGAACCGCCGCCACCCGACACGCAUCUCCCUGGUCUUUUACCAGCACAAGAGCCUCAAUGUGCCGCGGCACGGCCUUGCACUAUGGGAGGCCAAGAUGGCCGACAAAAAAGCCAAACGCGAAGCGGCGGAGAUGGCCGAGCUGGAGUCGGCCAACCACCUGGCGGCCGAGGGCGGCGGCGGCGCCGGCGACGUGCCGGCGGCACCGUCCGCCGAGACCCCCGUCAGCCGGGCGCCCUCCCCAUCCUCGUUGUCGUCGGCGGCGGCGGCGAAGAGGGCCAAGGUGGCCGAGGUGAAGGAAAACGUAAUGGACUUCCUGGACUUGCCGCCGAUCUCGUACGCGAUCAAGGAGGGGAUCCCCACGCUGCGCGCGCUCUCGCACGCCACCUGCUCCGUCACGACGGCGCACUCCAAGCCCUGCACGCACCUCUCCGGGAACUACUCUCACUUCGUGUGAGCGGUGUGUGGGGGGCACCGCGGGGGGCACCCCCUGGCGGCACGCGUCCGCUCGAGUUUCACCGAUGUCCGCGCCGGCUCGUCAGAUUCGUCGCCGUUUUUUUUAUCUAAGAGGAUAAACAAAAAUACACACGUGCACAAACACACACAAAAAAACAUUCUCUCAAGUUUCUCACAGGUUUGCUGUACAAGUAUUGAAUUACUGGUUGUAAAACUGAAUCUCUUGCAAAACGUAAAAUGGCAGCUUUAGCCUGGAGUCGACAUCGACUUCGGAACGGCAGCUAACAACGAAACUCAUUGGCACGCGUCGUGCAAAACAAAACAAAAUUUGUUUAAAAUGUAAAAAAAACUUAAAAUGUGUUUUAUUUCUGAGGGAUGGUGUCACCGCGUCACGGGUGCUUUGUGCGUUUUUUUAAUGUAUUUUUUACAUUCGGUUUCUUUUACAUCGAGGAGACGCCUUCUCACUUUGGGCUUUCGCCACAAUGCAGGGGUGGAGUGGGGUGGAGAAAAUGUUUCGGAAUUACGGGAGAAAAAUAGUGAAAUCCUUGCAGGCGAAGGCGGCCUGGGAAGAGCCAUCCGCAGCCUCAAGUCUCGCGACUCCAUCUGGGUCAUUUAGCGUCCCUCACGCAGGCUUCCUGAAAGAUAUGCAACGAUUCCGUCGCGGCAGAUUACAAACCCGGCGUGAAAUAAUCGCACCAGCUGAUUAACAACCUCCACCAAAAACUCACUGGGAAACGUGUAUAAUUGCAAACUUACUACUGUACGGUCCCAAUUACAAAACAACAAUACCUUUUAAACAUACACCAGCAAUUAAACGCAGACAGAUGCUGUGGGGAAUGCGAAUGAGGCCACGGGUGUUGUUGGUGAUGGUGGUGGUGGCUGCGCCUACAAAGCUGCCGUUGCGAGCGGUGGCGUCGCUGCUGGUGGAUGGAUUUAGGAGCUGGUUGCUGGGUGAUGAGAGAAAGAGAGAGUGGGGCUCUUCCUGGUCAUGCCUGCCAGGUACAAGAUUUGGCUUCUAGCAAAGUAUCUCCCCCUCUCCUGUAAGCAGACGAUCUAUUUCGACCGCCCGUUUUGAAUCGCAAAGUUACGCUGUUGCCAGUGAACGAAACGGAACAAAUUCUACAACUGCAACCAAUAUUAAGGCCUGCUUUAAACGUGAAAUGUCUUAAAAACACACAUCGGAGUUGACAUUUUAAACCCGGUUCCACGCAGCGGUGCUUAACGGGGCCGAGGGUUACGGCGUGGACGGGGUGCUACGUUUGCCGGUGCUCGUGCGGAGUCGGGAAUGCCGCGUUUUCGUGGUUCUAUGCAAGCGAGGCGUUGGGUGUAGCCGUGUUGGGGGGGGGGGGAAGGCGGUGGGGGGGGCCGUGCGCUCCCAUCGAUUGCUGCCAACCCCCCCAUGCCCCUGGUGCUGCCUCGUGCCUCCGAGGUUCAGGCUCCCGCUUACCCCCCCACCUCUGUCACCCGCGGGUGUUACUUCACCUCUCCGUCGUCACCGUCGGCAUCAUCAUCAUCGGCCGAGAUUGCCAAGCGUCUGUUUUCAUGAUUUUUUUUAUUUACUGUAGGCGACGGCGAUUGACGUCUACCGGUCAACGGUCAUCGCAAAGUGUGACGCGACAAAACUGGUGCUGAUCGGUCACUUUUGAAGUUGGUUUACAUCAAUCCGGUGCAUUUUUAUUGGGUGUGCGGUUUGCGUGCGUGUUUUACCUUUAGCCUAGAAGACUCCUUUUUUGUCGUCGGUGAGGUGGAGUUUUUUUUACACAUGUAAAAUUGCGUGUAAUAAUGGUAUUGUGAUUUUUUUUUGUAACUAUGUUUUGUCGAGGGAUUUUACGAUUUUGAAGCAAAACAGGCACGUACACGUUGCUAAUUUAGGGUGUUGUGCGUGCAUGUGUGCGUUACAAGCAAAGCGUGUAUUGGGAUUUUCUAAGAUUUCUCGAGUUUGCUGGAUGCUAUUGGUGCUCAACAUCACAGGGACUUUGACUUGAGGAGUUACGCGACACUGUCUAGAAGAACUGCGUUCAUUACAAAGCGAUUUUAAUUUACGUUCAGUUGGUGGGGGGGGGGCGGGGUGCGUGAGAGUGGCGGCACUGGUGGUCAGCGUGGGGGGGUGCCCCCCCCCAAGCCCCCUUUCCUUCCCCGCCGGGGGGGGUAAGAGGCAGUGCCGAUUGAGCUCCUGCCUUCUGUCGUGUGUCGUUUGUGUUUUUUUACGAUUUUUUUUUUACAGGGUAGUGAUGCAUUUGUUAGACAAGUUGUCUUUAUAAUAAUAAGAAUGACGAUUAUUCUUUAACCGGUUACCAUUGUAAAUUUACAAUUUUCUGUUAAAGAAAGCACUUUCUCCACUUGAUUUUAAGUAACAACUUGAAAACGCUAAGCGAAUUUUUUUUUUGCGGGAGUGCGAUUUGGCACGUCUCGUCAUCUGUGUCGGGCGCUACUUCCGUUGCCGCUCAAAAGCAACCUCCCUCCCUCUCUUCCCCCCACUGCAGGAUCUGCAGACUACUGUAUAGAAAGAUGUAAUUGUUCAACUUACUCUCUGGCUCUCUCCACACCUGAGUUGAACACACAUACUGUAUUCGUUAUCGAGAAUGAACGAAUGUUUAAUUCUAAAUACGUGAUAAAAAUAGACAUUUACGAAAAAUGUGCAUCAUGCUAUCGUCGGAAACGACGAGGGGUGGUGAGUUAAGCAACUCUGUGAAUCUUUUGGAAGGGGUCCCUCUUUUUUAAAACUGAAGCAUUUAUCCAUCGCGAUGAAUAGUUGCUGGUUUCCUUGAGGCAGGAACUCCCCCCCCCUCCCCGCUAUCUCGAGAAUCUGCAGGUGAAACAGGAAAGGAGAGCCUCGGUGAGGUUCAAGCGUUUAUGCAACUUUUCAUUGGGCAAAAAAAAAGGCUCUCGCAAAAUCGGCUCUGGCCCUCCUGACAUUUUGCUUUUAACACGGGAAAAAAAACUGUACAAAAAAUACUUCAAAAAAAUUCCUAAUUGAAAAAAGUUGAAGUCAUUUUCAGAUAACUUUUGAGUGUCCUGACAAACAUGGUGCUAACUUCCUGCAGUUAUUAAAGAAUAACAUAAAAGCAAACACUUUUUUUUGUAUAACAGAUUUCGACUCGUGGAGCCGAUCGCAGUGUGCUAAAACGACGUGCAGGGAGAGACUGCGAGCGGCGAAUGAAAUACCUCAACUCUCAAGUCUAUAGCGCGAGGUGUGGCUGUGCUUUUUCAGGAGAGAUCGGCAUGUGAUUGUUGGAAUACAGCAGUUGCCCAGGAACACUUGAGGUCAGGUUGUCGUCGGCGUCCAUCGUUUGUGGCUCUGGUUAGGGCCCCCCCCCCCCUGGUCCUCUGGUGAGGUCUGGUGCUGCCUAGUGAGAUCUGUGGGCGUGGUGAGGUCUCCUGGUUCUGGUGUGCGAGAUCUCUUUGGGUCUCAGAUGAGGCCUGGUGUGGUUUGUGUCUGGUCAGCUUUGCCUCUUAUUGGGUCUGCUUUUGUCGGUCUCUGGCUGUGCCUGUGUGGGUAUCUGGCGAGGCCUGUGGGUGUGUGGCCCGAGGCCUGUGGGUGUGUGGCCCGAGGCCUGUGGGUGUGUGGCCCGAGGCCUGUCAUGCAGCCGUUCAUUGGCUAUAAUCGUGAAGAUUCGGAGCAGAACUCGAACCAUCCCUCGUAAACUUGAUACAGCUUCAGAGUUUGAAACAGGACAAGGAUCAUGUGUAGGCAUGAACUUCAAGUUUGUUACGGUCAAGGGGUUGCCUGCCUUUCUUGUUUUGUGACUUGAACUCAUUUUCUUUCGAAGAAAAACACAAGGAAGAUCAGGGAUAAGCUUUUAGUCUUUUUCUGCCUGUAUUUUCGCUUGUAUGUAUUUUAUUUCUUUCUAAAUCGGAAGUGUCGAUAUCCUUCAGGGGUUGGAGCGGUUGGUGUUUUUAUCUUCAUUUUGUAAGUGUAUUUUUGUUGUGUGUAUUGCCGUGUAAAUUGUUGUAUUUAGCCCAAGGCCUUUGUCAUUGUGUUUUUUUCUUCAACCAGGCAGCCUGUUGUUGGAUGAAAUAUAAUUACCUUACUGCCUGCCAAUAAAAUAAAAAAAAUACAGAAUUUAGUAAUUUUUUUUCUAUUUUUUUUGCCAAACUAUUAGAAUGGAUUUGGUGGCUGUUUUUUGUUUAACGAUGUCCCCUCCCGUGUAGCUGACGAGUGGCCCUCGCAGUGCAAUGCUCGCCCAUUGCGUGCGUAACUAUUUCAGUUUGGUUUGAAAAUAACCAUUACAAUAUUAAGGAACAGGAUGAGUUGUUGGUAAAAUGCUGGGGAGAGAUGGGGGUGGUAGUCCCGGUAAAACCAUGCCAACGUCGUCGUGUGGUUGGCCCAACGCUGGCCCCCCGACUCUGCUCCCGACGACGUUCCACGUUUAGGGGCGGAUCGUGGUUGCCACCUCGGACGUGAAAAAGAUUACGCGCCGGGGGGGCGGGGUGCAGAUGGUGCCAGUUGUGGAGUGAAACGCGUGCCCUGGAGGUAGUCUCGGGGGAUGGGAGUGCAAAGCGCGUAGGACACGACUACAACCCCCCAAUCGGAGCUCCAAAUCCCUGUUACAUCACUCUCCUUUAUUUGUUUUGUACUUAGUGUUCAUUUAUCGUCAUUAUUUCAUAGCGUAUUUUUUUUAUUAUUCUAAUAAUUAUUAAAUGGGUUUGACUGAGGAUUAUACGUAAUAUAUGAAAUUGUAUUGUAAUGAAUUGAGAAGGUAAUUGAUUGGAAUUAAUUAAGAGAACUGUAAUCAUUCCUAAUAUGCUGAGUUAUUGUGGGUGUCUGUAUUUUUUUAUUUAUUUCAUGCACUCAAGAUAUGGUUCGCUGUAGAAAUGUGUACACCCCCCCCCCCGCCCCCUCCUGUAAUAUUUCUUGAAAGGUCGACUUUUUGCAGCAGCGCAGAAUUUCCAAAUCUUGAAAGCAUUUAAACUGGAUGUUCCCCAUCUCAUCCCUGCUCUUCUGAGUACUCGGCAGUACUUUUUAGUCCACUAUGUUAACUGCGUUCCUGCACAUUGUUGUUCCCUUCACGUGCGUGGGAUGCUGGCUGUUGCAGUGAUGGGUAUACUUUUUAUUUUCCUCCUCCAUAUCCUAAUAUUAAAAACGUUGAGCUGCUCUUCA